UGCUGCGUCGUGCGGCGUCGGGACGCGCGUUAACCCCUCUCUCGCCGCUGACCUCGCGAGGGAGACGACGCCUCCACCGUCGGCGAGUGUUGAUGGCAGCCCGGCGACGCGGCGGCGGCGGUGACGACGACGACGACGACGACGACGACGACGACGACGACGACGACGACGACAACGACGACGACGACGACGACGACGACGACGACGAGCCGGGUGCACAUAGACGUCGGCGGCGCGGGCAUGAACAGCUCGCCGCAGAACACGAGCAGCGCCGGGACGCAGCGGCGGGCCGGCGUCGACAACAGCGACGAGGAGGAAUGGAGCGGCGUCGUCGAAUGUGCUGUCCUCGAGAGGACGAAAUCCGACAGGGCUGUGCGCGCGGACGAGGACAGACGUCGCCGGACGAUCAUCGUGGAGAAGAAGAACGGCACGUACGGUUUCACGUUGCAGAGUUACGGGAUACAUUACAAGAGGGAGCAGGAGAUAGAGAUGGUGACUUAUGUGGACUACGUGGAGUACGACGGGCCGGCGUUCAAAGCCGGCAUGCGGGAGGGUGACGUGAUACUCUCGAUAAACGGCCACGAGAUGGACAGGGCCGAUCACAAGACUCUGGUGACCUUCAUCCAGAACUGCGAUACGAGAAUGCGAAUGGUCGUGUCCUUCGAAGACUGCGUGAGAAAAGUGGAGUUACACAUGCGUUACAUCGAGCUGCAACGUGCCCUCCAGUCUCGCCUGGGCGAGCUGGAGAGACUGUGCGAACGAGAACGGUCCAUCCUGAUGGGCCGCUGGAAAACCCAUUCACUGCCAGCGCGCAAGAGAACGCCUAAUAGCAUCGUCGGCACUAAUCCCAAUCAGCCAUCGCCUUCCUCCAGCUUCAACUCCUCUACGAUUCAAUGCUGCCGACCUGCGACCUCCACCGAGCACCUUCUGCUCUAUAACUUCGCGGACGGACGACCCUGUCUGAUCCCUCGCAGCGCUGCUUGCCUCGUGACAGUCGGGCCGCCUCGUUCCCGCAGCGACCAUCAUCACUUCCUGUCCAAGAUGUCCAGCGAAUCUGCCGUGACAACGUCAUCGCGCCACAGUUAUCACCAGGCGAACGGCAUGACCGGCACACCCGCCAAGAACAAGUCUCACAAAUCCUGCCAACAGCAACAGCAACAACAGCAGUCGUCCGUUACCGGCGACGGAUCGUCGUUGCAUGCGGCUCCCCAGAACAGUCUCUGCGUCGCUUGCAUCUCCAGUGCGAAUCGUCGACGCGAGCAGUCCGACAGCGGCAGCCUGGACGCCUAUGACCUCGCCAGUCCUUGCUGCGAUCCGAAUUGCGUACCUAGUCGUCGACGCCGCGAGAAGCAACGACGCGCCCGUAACGAGCAGACUUUCCAUCAACAGCAACAGCAGCAGCAGCAGCAACAACAGCAGCAGCAGCAGCAGCAGCAACAGCAGCAGCAACAACAACAACAACAGGCCAAUCUUCAGCAUCAUCAUGUUCAAGGACCCCAGCCGCAGCAGCAACAGCCCAACACCCACAACUGUCCUCGCACGUCCGGUCACAGUCUUCACUCCAUCACCAGCAGCGACGUCUCGACGACGGGCGACAGCGUCGCUUCAUGCUCCACCAGUCUCAGCACCGACACCCUGUACUGGGACCCCAGCGUGCACCAGCGACCACCGCCGUGUCUUCAAUACGCCAAGCCGAAGUCAUGGGACAAUCUGACGACAAAGGCCUUCGGGGGGUACGGUUUCGGUUACGGUUACCUGGACACCGCGACCAUCAAGACCCACAGCGCAGAACGGCCUGGCAAAGGAUCCCACGGUCGGGCGAAGACACCCGUCGGCACCGUGCAGAGGAAGACAAGCACCGGCAGCAGCACCGCGUAUUCGGCGGCGAGCACGGUCAGCCGACACGGCUUCCAGCCCACCAAGUCGACGGAGAGCCUUCUGAUACCGGCGCCAUACCAGGGCGACUUGGACGCGGCCAGUCUGAGCUGCGAGUGCCUGGACGGUGGGCCCGGCUCGCGGUUCGCGCCUGUCGUGCAGCAGCUGGACAAGCACAAGCGAGCCGACGAGCCGGCCGGUUACAUACCGCCGGCACACGCGCAGAUCAGGCAUCGACGGUCUAGUCAUUCCGAUGGGAAACUACGGGCUAUCAAUAGUUCCGAAGUCACGCGAUUGUAAUAAUCUCUCACCCUUUCAGUACUCGAGCCUAAUGUAUACUAAUAAAGUGUCGACCUAAUGCUGCUGCUUGCGUUUUAUUUGGCUAACCGGGGGUUCCAACUUCUUGGUAAGUUAACUGAUAGUUAAAUCAUAUGUCUGUCCUUGUCUAAUUUGAAGGAAACAGUUAUCAAGAAAUUGGGACAACCGGCCCUAAGGGCUUGGUAAGUUAACUGAUAAUUAAAUCAUAUGUCUUUGUCUAAGUUGAAGGAAAAACAAAGAUGAACAUAUGAUUUGACUAUCAGUUGACUUAUCAAGAAAUUAGAACAUACAGAUACCUCUUGCCACGCCAUCUCUCAGUCGUUCUUCUCCGUUACGUCGCGCCGCGCAAAUUCCUCGCUCUUUUGCUUCCUACCAAGGCGGUAGGUAACUCUGCGUUACUUACCGCCAGUCGUCUACUUACACUCGCGAGAUCACCGCGAGAACGUAAUCGUCAGUCGUUGCCGGUAUGCGUAUCACAAGGCCCGAUUUGACGGUACGCUCAUACUUGUGCGAGCUAAAUUGAUCGCAAGUGUGUUGCGUUUUUUUUUUUUCAACAUGUACUGAAAGUC